UAUUAAGCGGUAAAUUUAAUAAUAUUAAUUAAUAAAGUUGCAUAGUAAUUUCAAAAAUUACAGCAAAACAAGCAUUCGUCGCCAAUCGUUGUUUGCCUUGUCAUGCUGCAGCAUCAAACAAACAGUCAGAACAAUUUGACAUUUCUAAAAUCAAAUUACAAAUACAAGCGCAGAAAUAUUCGGACAAUGCGCGCACUUCCUGCCAACUGUGAAGCGCGAACACCAAACCAAGUAUCGACAACAUUGUCAAAGAAGACGAAGACGUCAGCAACAUCAGCCACAGAUACAGAUACAACUACACUUACAGAUACACAUACAGCAAAAGCGGCAACAACUGCCCGCAAAUGUAGCACAAUUCAAAGUUUAUUUAUAGUUAUCAUAUGGAGGAAGGUUUUGCACUAUGCUGGCCGCAUUAUUGCCAAUGCCAAUAAUCAUGGGAAUGCGUAUGUGAGCAACGUUGUUGCUGUUGCUGCUGACCAUGACCGUGACGUCAAUGCGAUCGCAGUGAGACAUCAGCAGACAUAUCCACAUCCAUAUCCACAUCCACAACCACAUUCACAGCCACAUCCACGCACUACGCAUGCUGAGGAUGACGCUUAUGACGAGGUGUCAACGGCACGUGAACAACAACGACAGCAACACCAACGGCAACAGCAGCAUCAUUUAUCUAGCUCUAGUCUACAAAAGAGCGGACACUGCCUGACAACAUCAACAUCAACAUCAACAGCCACAACAACUAAAGUCAUGAUAUUGCCGGCGGACAAGUGUGGACUUCCAUUGAUGACUUUGUUAAUUGCAUUGCUGCUGAGCAUGCGUCUGACUUCGGCUGGCACUUGCUGGCAGACGCAUCUGGGCAGUGGCAAGUGCAACCAAAUCUUUUCUACCAACAUCACCAAAUCAGAUUGCUGUGGUUCCAGCCAGACCUUCUCCUACACGGAUCGCGAGUUGAGCAAUGUGGAGUAUUUCUUUGCCACUGCCAUCGGAGGCGGCGUUGAGUGUGUACCCUGCACAGAGACUUGCAAGGGUUUCAAGUGUGGGCCAAAUAAGAAGUGUGUGAAACGUAAAGGACGACCGAAAUGUGUGUGUGCGCCGGAGUGUGGCGCGAGUCUACGCCGGAGGCAGCAACAGCAGCAAAAUCACAACGCCCCAGAGCAACAGUUGUUGUUGUCGUCGUCGUCGUCUUCGUCGAUGUUGUCUUCAGUGCCGCCGCGCGGCUUACGUAGUUUAAGUAGCGGAAUUACAAAUACCAAUUUAGGUUUAGAUGGCGCCAAACGACAGCAUAAACCAAGCAACAACAGCAACAACAACGACAACUGUACUGAUAACCAAAGAAAUCAACAACAACAACAACCACAACAACAUCAACAGCCAAUGCCAAAGCGAUCCAGUCAUAGAUGGAGAGGAGGAGGAAUGCUGGGCGAGACGAAACACAGAAGACUUUUGAUUAUAGACAGCAGCAAUUUGCAAGAGCAGCCGACAACCAGACGCUUGCAAAUGGAGGGCAACGGCAACAGCAACAGCAACAGCAACAGCAACAACAACAACAACAGCAACGGCGACAAAGUGCAGAUGAAGGUUGAGAUGGAUGUGAAUGUGGAUGUGGAUAUGGAUAUGGAGAGAGGGGGCUACGAACGUCGCAGACAUAGAAAAAAAAACAGCUACAGCAACAACAAUGGCGAUGGCAAACACUUAACAAGAUCAAUGACAACAGCAAUAACAGCAACAACAGGAGCCAAUGACUCGUCCACGACGCCUGCGCAGACAGCUCAGUCUAGACACAAGUUGGCAAAUGCUAAUGAACCCGCCAACAACAUUAACAGACAGUCGCAGCAGCAGCAGCAACAGCAGAAACAAUCGCAACAGCAGCAAGACAAUGCUCCAGCUCGAGUCAGACACCAACACCAACAUCAACAUCAGCAGCAUGCUCCAAAUCACGACAAUGGAUUGCAACAACAACAACAAAAACGCAGGCACAAGCACAAGCAAAACAACAAUCACAAGGAUAAGCAACACACAACAGCAACAUCGGCAGCAGCAGCAGCAUCAGCAACAGGCACAUUGCUGACAGCAAAUACCACAAUGUCUGGGUAUAAUUCUGACUCUGUCUCUAUCAGCGACUCUAUCCCUGUCUCUGUCUCUACUUAUGGCUCUCAGUCUGGCACACGUCGUCUGUAUCUGGCUGAACACGGAAGUGAAACGGCUGCGUCAUCGGCUACUACCGAUGAUUUAACAUUUCUGGCUGGAAUUUAUGAGGCAGCGCCUGUGCAGCAGCAGCCGCAACAGCAACGGCAGCAACAUACAAAUCCGGUUUGUGGCAAUGACGGUCGCACCUACAAUACCGAAUGCCAGCUGCGCAAACGGGCCUGCCGUACCAACAACGCCCAACUGGAGGUCGCAUAUCGCGGUCACUGCAAGACCAGCUGCAAGGGAGUGCAAUGUCUGAAUGGCUUAACCUGUGUUGAGGAUCAGUAUAUGAUGCCACAUUGUAUAACAUGCAAAAUCGAUUGCCCCUGGGAUAAUGAUGAGAAUGGAUCCUACGAUCUGGAUAUCAAUGAGGAGAUAUCCACUGGAGUUGGUGCUGAUGUUGAUGGGAAAGAGAGUGCGGUGUGCGGUGUCGAUGGCAAGACUUACAGGAGCACUUGUGAUAUAAAUCGUAUGAUUUGCAAAAUUGGACGAUCCAUUGCUGUGGCAUAUCCGGGACCGUGUCGAGCGGACCACGUUAGCUGUGAGGACAUCAAGUGUGGCCCGAAGGACACUUGCCUUAUCGACCUGCAGACGCAGAUGCCGCGUUGCGUCUCCUGUCGCUACAAAUGCUCCCGAAAGCAACAGCGGGCGCAAUUUCGGGUGGAUAAAAUCUGUGGACACAACAAUCACACGUAUAACUCGUGGUGCGAGAUGCGCAAGGAUUCCUGUGCCACAGGAUACUUCAUAGGAGUUCGAGGAACGGGCGUCUGUUAGAUCACAUUAGCGAAAUACAUAUAGUAUAAAUCACGAUGAAUUUUGUCUUAGCUAAGUUGUGGCAAAAUUUCAAGGUCGCACGUCUAACGAUUUGGCCUGUACAAUGCUCAGUCAGUCAGGGCGAAGAGUUUAAUAAUAAUAAUAGAUAAAUCACACUAGCAUAUACUAUAAAGCGCAUUCUCUGUGUAGUUCCAACAUCCAAAGAUUCUCGUUGUGCGUAAUAAGCAUAUAUAUACAUACAUAUACAUACUAUAAUACAUACAAUACAUGCAUAUUCUAUUUUAGUAUGCACAUUAGGCCGGGUCGAAAAUGGCUUCAAAACUGCUGUAAGUCCAAUUUUUUUCAACCGAUCUUAACAGUUGAUAUCGUUUUCAUAAGCAAACAGUUAGAGCUAUCUAAGAAAAAUUAUCUUUUUUUUUUAAAUUGUUAUCUUUUGAGUUUGAAUCCCAGCUAUGUCGAAUUCUUUGAGUUUUUUAUUAAUUCCUCAACUCCAAAAAAUUGGAUGUUUCGCACAGAUAUUGCUUUUGUAUCGUAGCAUCGAAAAAAAAGUCAUUUUCACUCCGGCCUAAUCCCACAUGGCCAAGUAUUAGCGCAUUUCCGUUAUUAAUUAGCAAUAACUUUAAAACACUGAUUACAAUAAUUCUUUUGUAAAUUGCCACACAUUUGUUUGUUGUGUUUGGCGGGAGAAAACCACAUAUCUUAAGAGGCUUUUGUAUUAAACAUAAAAUUAAAACUAAUUCGUAAUUAAUUAAUAUAAUUUGAUUGGCACAUUUAUCUUUACUUAGAUAAUAGAGCUAAGCGAAUGUAUUUAAUUUAUUUAUUACUCGAAAUAUAUAAAUAUAUAUAUAUGUGAAUUUUUUUUCUUUUUAAUUUUUAUAUUUGGAGUACUCACUUAACCCUGGCAUUCUAGCACAUGGCACAUGGUCCAUUUUUAAAACGUGAAUAGCGCCAGUCAACUGUUUUUUGUACACAUUUGAGCUAUUGUCCUCUUUAUAAAAUAUCUUACUAAAUCAUAUUGUGACUGCAAAGUAAAGCGCCAUUCACGGUUUAAAAAUGGGCAUCUGCUAGGAUGCCUGGGUUAAGUGAGUACCCUAAUUGUGUUUAUGAGUGAAGCUAUUUUAAUUAAUAAUUCGACUGAUAGCUUAAACUUACAUAGCAAGAUCUUUUAACUACGUAAUAUGUAUACAUUUGUAUACCCUUAUCUUUAUAUACUAUAUACAAUAUAUAUGUAUAAUUAUGAUCAUUAAAUGUAUGAGCAAUUGUUUAUUAAAUGUGUGUUUCAAACUAACUUGCUUAUCAAUCGCUUUCAUCGGAUAAUAAGAAUAUAUCAUUGGCUUUUUGAUAUCGAGCCUGUGUAAUCUUAAGAUUCGCUAAUCUCCGCUUAUCCACGGGUCGAGAGGCACUUGGUUCAUUGCUGCCCAGUCCGGUAGUGCCCUCAUUAGCCACCACAUUGAUCUACAGACAAAAAAUACAAAUCUAUUACUAAGAAA